AUGAAGAGCUUGGGUCUCCUUCGUUACUUCUUGGGGCUUGAAGUCUCUACUUCUCCCUAUAGUUUCUUUAUGUCUCGAGCUAAGUAUGCCUUCGAUUUUCUUGCUCGAGCUGGUCUCACAGACUGUCAGGUAGCCUCUACACCACUUGCCUACGAUGUUCGACUUAUUCCUUAUGAUGACUCUCUUCUUAAUGACCCUACCCUCUAUUGUCAACUUGUUGGGAGCUUGAUCUAUUUGUAUGUCACUCGACCAUAUAUCGCUUAUGCAGUCCAUAUUGUGAGUCAGUUCAUGGCCGAUCCGAGGACCUCUCACCACUCUGUCGUCUUACAUAUUCUUUGUUAUGUGAAAGGUACUCUUCUGCAUGGCUUACACUUCUCCUCUCACUCUUGUUUAACUCUUAGCGGUUACUCUGAUACUGAUUGGGUUGGUGAUCCUACCGAUCGUCAUUCAACCACUCGUUUCUGCUUCUUCCUUGGUGAUUCUUUCAUCUCUUGGCUCAGCAAGAAGCACACUUUCGUUUCUCGCUCGAGUGCCGAGUCAGAGUAUCGUGCUCUUGCUGACUCUACUUCUGAACUUUUAUGGCUGCGUCGACUACUCACUGAUCUUGGUGCCCCUCAGCCAUCUUUUACAGCUCUUCACUACAAUAGUUAG